CGCACGUUGUGCCAGGCUCCUCUCCGGCCUUUGUUGUGUAUUCAGGAUGUAUUCUGAUGAGGAGCUAGAUGAGAGUAAGUUUGUUCCAGACUAUAAUGAGGACCUGACGCCUUCCCAGAGCAGCCAUGAUGAAGUAUGGUCAACAAACACAAGCAGCCUUUGUUCAGCGGAUCUAAUGGUACUGGAUGAAGUUCGUUCUUCGUCGGAUGAGGUUGAAGCCGCAGCAACAUCAGGGAACCAAGCUUGUGAUGACAGAUCUGCUAGACAGGAAAGGGCAUCCUAUCACUGCCCCUUAUGCAAUAUUAGCCUGAGCGGCCAUGUCAAACGGCAUGUUCAGCGAAUCCAUCUUCCACCGUUCUGGAGUGGUGUCGAGGAUCUGCCAUUGAGGGAUGCUAACCAAAGUGGACCUGGUUCUUCUCAGGCGCUCUCAUUGGUAGGGCAGUCCGAAGACCAUGGUCUUCACACUUGGUGUAGUUUGGUGCAUGGGUCGUUGCGUCUCCUGGGAGACUGGGUGGGAGCCUCAACUUUAGAACAGUUACUGGACUUCAUCAUUGAGCGUCGCUUAUACCCAACUGCUGGUGGAUUUACAGACACAGAGCAUGGACUUAUGUCUUUUUAUGCAGAUAAUUACAGUAGUCAUGUCCCAUGCAGGUUUGAGGCUUCGCCGCCCAAUCAUGUAAUCUGCCUCAUUCAUUGGCAGAUUAUCUGCACCUUCUUGCGACAGUUUCCCCCAGAGAAACACCACGCAUUUCGGACUUGGAGGCAGUCGUGUGACUUGAGUGCUUAUUCAACCUCAGACGUUCUCUUUGUUGACUCUCAUUUCCAUCUGGAUCAGUUGUUUGCAAGAGGCAUUAUCUCGGAUUGCAGUGAGAUUUUUUCUUUUCCAGAUAGUCUCCGUCAUUUCAGCCUGCUAUAUGCCGUGGCAAACUAUGUUUUUCCCAAGCACUGGCCUCUGUGGAGAAGCCAGACCAGUAGCCACCAACAGAUACGGCUGUCAUUUGGAAUCCACCCCCACCUUGCUGGCCAAGUUACCCCAGAUAUCAUAUCUGAGCUUGGGAGGCUUGUGUCAUUGCCAGAGUGUGUGGCCAUUGGAGAAAUAGGAAUCGACUUGACCACCACCUGCAAUUGCCCACAGCCAUGCUCCAGAUCAAAAUGUAAGGGAGCUGUACUUCAGAGCCAGACAGAACUGCUUUCAGAAUUAUUGGUCUUGGCUAGGGAGACAAAGAAGCUGGUUAUAUUUCAUUGUAGGGAUGCAGGGACAGGUGAGGCCGCCAGACAUGUGCUGCUUGCUAUAAAGAUGUUGGAUAUGGAAGGCCACAUAUUCCACCGACACUGUUUCACCGGGUCAGUUGGCGAGGCCAGGGAUUGGAUGAAGAGGCUACCUUCUGUGGUAUUUGGUAUUUCAACCAAGGUUUUUUUGGACAGGAGCAUACAAGAUGUUGUCCGGUUCCUUAGUCUCGAUCGCAUUUUGCUGGAGACUGAUAGUCCUUACCUUGCCGAUGGACCUAAGGCUAUCAUCAACAUUGCUGAGGAAGUCGCCCGGUUGAAGGGAAUAUCAUUGCGGGAAGUGUUGCAUGCAAGCAGGAGGAACGCAGCUCGAAUUUAUGAACUUUAA